CCAAUGGUAAAUCACUGCGCAACCAUCCACUGCUGCCUGUUCGACUGUCAUUUUUGGACCAAAUACAAAUGGACCUUACCCCCGUGAGGAUUCGAGGCAAGAAACGAAAGCCUGCUGUUCCGGUGCUCCCAAGUUCGUCUGUAAAUGCCAUUCCGGACCACCUGCAACAAUCUCAACCCAAGCGACAAAGAACUUCGAGAUCCGCGAAAUAUCUAAAGCGCGCGAAAUCCCGAAAAUACGCCACGCCAGCCAUGCCGACACUUCAAGGCCUACCGCCGGAGCUGCUGGAGAUGAUCUUCCUUGACAGCAUGAACAUCUCGCUCCCGCGUGCAUGCUCGUCUCUUGGGCGCAAGCUCUCCUCACCGACCGUCAUCAUGGAAUUUUUUAUGCGGUCGUUCUUUCACACCGUAGAUCAUAAGACCAACUACCGAGAUCGACGGGUGGAUUCUGAUCCUGUCAUCCAGUCUGCCCUCUUGGCUUGCAACUUCUUCACGUGGGACUUCUUCAUGGGCUAUGUGCAGAAGGCACACAGCACUUUGAUUAAACAGAGGGGAAAAAUAUGGGAAGACGCAGGGGUCGAAGUUCCAGGCCCGAUAUAUUUUGCCAACUUAUUGCCGUUCAAGUUUACUAAAGUUACCUACCUAAGCUUUGCAGAGGGUUUCAAGAUCCCCGAAAAGCUGCUACACGGGCCUUGGACCGAAGGCAAAGCGUCUUUGCUCUACGUUCUGGUGUCAUUGGGUGGAGAGGUUGACUGGGAGGGUACUGUAGCGGGAGAACUGGCAAAAGAAGGCAUCAAAGAGGCCAUCAAGGAGAAGAACGAGCAUGCAGUGGCUGCAUUGUCAGUACUACUGGGGGUGAGGCAAGCUAUCGACAAGGCAACGCUUCGAUAUGCAGUCAGGGAUUGCGGAUGCUCCAUCAACAUCGUGCGUCACUUGCUGUUCAACGCACAGAUUCUGCAUGGUACAGGUUCUAACACUACACUCAACUUCUACGAUUCCAAUCUGUGGCAGUGGGCAGAGUCACACGAGGGGAAGGGAGUGCUCUUAAAAGAUAUGCUGAAGAAAGCCGACAAGUUCUCAUUGGGUUUCUACUUGGAGGGAGAAACAGACUUGACUAACAUCGUCCCGUUUCCGUACUCCGGCUCCAAAUUCGACGCGAGAACAGCAUUGGAUAACGUGGAGCGUGAAUUGUUGAUCAGGUUGUAUCGCAAUUACGGAAGACGGAUCACAACCAAUCGCCGUGGUCGAAGGCAAGCCCAAGAGCAGAUAAAUGCUGGAGCAGAUGAGGCAGCAGUGCAAGAGGAUGAUUGA